AUGGCAUUUGUGCAGCACUUUCAGUUGAAGAAGAAUAUCACAAGCGAGCGAUUCAGCUGGGGUUCAGGUGACUUCCGUGAAAACCAAACUGUUAUGCAAAUUCAUCGAUGGGGUGAAGUUCCUUCUCAUCACGACGUUGAGAUGGCGGAACUCAAGGCUCGUGUAUCUGCCGCCGUUUUCUUUGUCCUGGCGACCCAUUGUCGAAGGAAUGUGAAGGAAAAGCUGAAUCUACGAAAACUGACGUAG